CGGUACAUCAGCACAGAGCUGGGGAUGCGGCAGCGACUCUUUGUGGGUGUGCUGACCACCAAGAGCACACUGAACACGCUGGGGGUGGCUGUUAACCGCACGCUGGCCCACCGCUUGGAGCGCCUGGUCUACUUCACAGGCACGCGGGGCCGCAAGGUGCCCCACGGCAUGUCGGUGGUGACGCACAGUGACGAGCGGCCCAUCUGGAACAUGUACCAGACCGUCAGGUACCUUCUGGACCACUAUGUGAAUGACUUCGACUGGUUCUUCCUGGUGCAGGACGAUACCUACACAGAAGCACACCGCAUCAGCCGCCUGGUCUCCCACCUCAGCAUUGACACACACCUAUACCUGGGCCGUCCUGAGGAGUUCAUCGGUGGGGACACUGAGGGACGCUACUGCUACGGAGGGUUUGGCUACCUGCUGUCCCGCAGCCUCCUCCUGCUCCUGCAGCAGCACCUGGAGAGCUGCCGCAAUGACAUCCUCAGUGCCCGGCCCGACGAGUGGCUGGGGCGAGACUACACAGGCAUCAACUGUGCCGACGAGCACGAGGGCUUGCGUUACCAGUAUUUUGAGCUGGGGAAGAACGUGGACCCUGAGCGGGAGACUGACCUCCGUUUCCAGAGCGCCUUCACCGUCCACCCUGUGCUGGAUCCCCUCCAGAUGUACCGGCUGCACAAGUACUUCGCGCAGGUGGAGCUUGAGAGGACCUAUGAGGAGAUCCAGCAGCUCCAGCUGGAGAUCCAGAAUGCCAGCAGACUGUCCGCUGAUGGGGACCACAGCGCCACGUGGCCUGUUGGCAUCCCGCCCCCCUUCCAGCCCAAAACCCGCUUCGAGGUGCUGCGCUGGGACUACUUCACGGAGGAGCAGGUCUACGCUUGCGUGGACGGCUCCCCCAAGUGCGAGCUGCGUGGCGCAGAUCUGGCGGACGAUUCCCCGCGGGACCUCCAGGUGGAGGUGGUCACCCAGAAGGGCCACAGCCGCUCUGUCACCAAGCGUGUGCACCUUGUGCGUCCCCUCAGUGAGGUGGAGAUCAUACCCAUGCCCUACGUGACGGAGGCCAGCCGCAUCAAUGUCAUCCUGCCACUGACGGCUCAUGACCGGGACUAUGCUGCCCACUUUUUGGAGACUUAUGCAGCAGCCGCCUUUGAGAGCAGCGAGAACGCGGUGCUCACCUUUCUCUUCAUCUAUGACCCCUUUGAAGCCCAGCAGGUCACCCAGAAUGACAUCUUUGCCCCCGUGAAGGCCCAGAUCACAGAGUAUGAGCGCAAGUAUGCAGAGGUGAAGAUUCCGUGGAUCAGCGUUAAGACAGAUGCACCCUCCCAAAUCAAGGUCAUGGACAUUAUCUCCAAGAAGCAUCCCGUGGACACGCUUUUCUUUGUGGCUGGCGUGGGGACGGAGGUCACCGUCGACUUCCUGAACCGCUGCCGGAUGAACACCAUCAACAACUGGCAGGUCUUCUUCCCCAUCCACUUCCAGGGCUACAACCCUGCUAUCGCUUACCACAACCAGGUGCCGCCUGCCACGCUGGACCUGCUGCGGGAUGCAGGGCACUUUGACCGUGAUGUCUUCCACGAAGCCUGCUUCUACAACGCUGACUACAUGGCAGCACGCACCCGCAUGGCGGGUGAUGUGCAGGAGAAUGAGGACAUCCUGGAGACCCUGGACAUCUACGACAUGUUCAUCAAGUACUCCAGCCUCCAUGUCUUCAGGGCAGUGGAGCCUGCCUUGCUGCAGCACUACCGGCACCAGGCCUGCAACCCCCGGCUCAGCGAGGAGAUCUACCACCGCUGUGUGCAGAGCAGCCUGGAGGGUGUAGGCUCUCGAUCCCAGCUGGCCAUGGUGCUUUUCGAGCAGGAACAGGGAAACAGCACCUGA